AUGAUGAAUGAUGUUAAAGAUGUUCGCGUAAAAGAAAGUGGUCAUCGCGGCCAAGUCGAAGAGGGAAUGCUUAUUGUCGAAGGCGAUGGCGAUGUUGCGGAUGAUCAUUGGGUUUUAGAUGAUCGUAUGAAACGAAUGAUUAUGGAUUUACAAAGGCAUUGGUUGACAGACUAUCAGCAGAGUCGAGAAAAACUUCUCGUUGAAAUGACCGAACGUUUACACCAAGAAUUUCUCUCGGAUCAACAAAAAAUUAGGACUGAAUUAUUAACACAAUUCAAGGACGAACUCGAUGCUACAAGAACAGAACUGGAAGAAAAAUAUAGAGAAUCGCUGAAAAAUGAAUUGGCUAAGGCUGCCGAAAAACAUAGAAAAGAAAUAUCAAGCUGUAAAAAAAAACAGUGGUGUUGGCAGUGCGAAGCAGAAGCGAUUUAUCAUUGCUGUUGGAAUACAGCAUAUUGUAGUGUUGAAUGCCAACAGAAUCAUUGGUCAACUCACCGUAAAUAUUGUAGGCGAAAGAAACAACAGAGCUCAUCGGCCACUGUUACAGCGAAUCAACCUAAAACUGAAUAG